AUGGCGCACUCCAAGAUGCUUCCAGCUGUCAUUCAAGCCGUCAUUCUUUGCGGUCUAUCCUCAAUCGUCUCCCACCACCUCGUGAACAAUGCCUUCACCAAUGCUGGCGAAAGUGAACUCUGGCUCAACAUCACAACCGCCAUGGCGCGGAUCGAGAAUGCCACGACGACCGGUCUAAACAACACAACGAUCAGCAAUACAACAACAACACCAGCACUCAACUUGACAGCAGAGCACCUUCCCUCAAACAGCACGCAGAUCAAUCCGCCCGGUGGAGAAUCCUACUACGGACAGACAUUACCUCGAAGCAUGUUCAUCCUAGCAAUGAUUGCACCAUUAUACUACUACUGGCAACUAUGGCUCGAGAGAAUCUUACCCAGACGAGCUCGAGCGGAAGCACGUCUACCGCCACCGGAAAAGGCGGAUUUCGGCGACGAUGGUGACCGCGAGCAAGAAGUGAUUGAGAAGUGGAUAGCGCAAGGCAAGAUUCGAAGGUCGUCGUUGAGCUGGUGGAAUACAUUCUUGAAGUGGGCUUUGCAUUGUACGCUUGGCGCUUUGUGGGUUGAGGCGAUGCGGUAUUUGUUGGAAACUGUGCUGUACUGGAGGUGGCCAUUGACGAUAUGGAAGAAACUAUCGUAUUGGGAGAUUCUCUUUCGCUUCGCGGGCACACUCUUCAGUACUGGCCCACUCUCGUCACUGAUAGGCUUUAUCCUGGUUCCAGCUCACAAGAGGAUGGUGUUUGAAUCUGGAGCGGACUUUUUCUGGAGCUUGUUUUGGGGUAUCGCCCUGACGACUGUGCUGCCUCUAAUUGCCAGUAACAGCCACGUGCAGUAUGGAGUGGCGAUGUGGAUCGAAGGAAUGGAGAAUCAGACGAGGAAUGCGAGGGCAGCGCCACAAUUCCCGAGGCUGGGAGACGAGCUCUAG